AUGGCUACCGUGCACCCCGAAGUUACCUGGGCCCAGCGCUCCUCGGCUGAUGAAGCCGAGCGCAACUACCUCUAUGUGAGCCUUAAGACCGCUGAUGUCCCCAAGGACAAGGCCGACCUUAAGCUCACCCCUACCAACGUCUCUUUCACUGGCCCCUCUGGCAAGGGUGUUACAUACUCCGUGUCCCUGGACCUCUACGCCGAGAUCGACCCUGAGAACAGCAAGGUAAACCACACUGACCGUGAGGUCGAGUUGGUGCUGCGCAAGAAGGAGCUGGGUGAGGAGUUCUGGCCCCGUCUGCUGAAGGAGAACAAGAAGGUUCACUUCUUGAAGACCGACUUCGAUAAGUGGGUUGAUGAGGAUGAGCAAGAUGAGGCCGCUGAGGAUGACUACGCCAACAACUUCGGUGGUUUCGGCGGUGAGGGUGGUGAGGGUGGUGCUGGCGGUCUCAGCAACAUUGACUUCUCCAAGCUCGGCGGUAUGGGUAUGGGUGGCGAGGGUGGCAUGCCUGACUUCAGCGCUUUGGCUGGUGCUGCGGGCGGUGCUCCUGGUGCCGAGGGCGAGGAUGAUGAUGAUGAGCUCCCCGAGCUUGAGGACGAGCAGCCCUCCAAGAUCCAGGAGGUUUCUUAA